AUGCCCUGCGGCGGUGCGCGAGGCUACGCCUGGCCACCUGCCGCCAAGCGGAGCUGGGCCGAGCGGCCCAGUUCCAGCCCUGCCUGGUGGGGUCGCCCGUGGACAGGAAUCUACGACGAGGGGCGGGGCCGCGGGACCAGGAGGAAGGACCUAGUGAUAGGCGGGUGCGCGGAGGGAGGGCACUGGUACCUUCAAGAAGACGGGCACUGCGCAUGCGAGAACGGCGGGCAGUGGCAGCUUCAAGAGAGACCAGGCCUCGCGCGCGAGAGUGACGGGCAGUGGCGGCCACGCGAGAAGGACGGGCAGUGGCAGCUCCACGAAGCCGGACAUUGUGCUUGCGAGGAGGGCGGGCAGUGGCAGAUUCGAGGGCGCGCCGACCGCACGUGCGAGAAGGACGGGCAGCGGCAGCUUCAAUCAGACGGGGAGCGGCAGCCGUGCGAGAAGGACGGGCAGUGGCAGCUACACGAAGAUGGGACGAGCAGCGGCAGCCUCAGUCAGACGGGCAGUGGCAGCUCCACGGAGGCGGACAUGGUGCGUGCGAAGCGAGCGGGCAGUGGCAGCUUCAAGGGGGCCAGGGCCGUGCGUGCGAGAAGGACAGGCAGUGGCAGUUCCAAGAGGGCCGAGGCCGUGCGCGCGAGAAGGACGGGCAGUGGCAGCCUCAAGCAGGCGGGCAGUGGCAGCCUAAAGCGGACGGGCAGUGGCAGCCUCAAGAAGACGGACACUGUGCGCGCGAAAAGAACUGGCAGUGGCGGCUUCCACAGGGCCAGGGCCGUGCUCGCGAGCAGGAUGCACAGUGGCAGUUUCGCGCGGAUGGGCAGUUGCAGCCUCGAGCGGACGGAUCUGGGCAGCCUCGGGAAGACGGACUUGUGGCAGCUUCGCGACGGCCAGGGCCGUGCGUGCGAGAAGGACGUACAGACAGGCAGUGUCAGCCACAAGGAGGCGGGCAGUAGCGAGAAAGACGGGCAGCGCGAGAAGAAGGGGCAGCGGCUGACGCUGGACGAGAAGUGCGCGUGCGAGAAGGACGGGCAGUGGCGGCGUCAAGAAAAGUGGGACGGGCAGUGGCAGCCUAACGAGGACGGACACUGUUUGUGCGAGAAUGACGGGCAGUGGCAGUUUGAGCAACACGGGCAGCUGCAGCAAGAGAUAAAGGAUGAGCCAGACGGCGGCCUACGCGCAGGGCCCAGCGCGGGUGGACAAUGCGAGAAGGCUGCGGCGCACGAGGCGAAACUUGAGCCGAACUAUGCUAGCUACUCUUGCGCAGAGGCGAAGAUAGAGGACAGCACCAUUACCUUCAGCGUCGGAGGCACGAGCAGGGCCAUGUGGAGGGCCCGCGCAGUGGUCGCCAAGACGUGGUAG